AUUAUCAAUUGAUAGGUAUUUACUAUUUAACUUUAAACCUUAAGGAAAUCGGCGUGUGCCGUGUAGCAUUAAUUCAUAAUUAUAUAUUUGUAUUGAUGUUGUUUAAUAAUUUGUAAUUACUAAUUACUAACUGUCUAGUGUCUACUGUGUCUAGUGUUAAAAGUUCUGUGUAGUGCACGAAUUUAUUUAGGACGUGUUAAUAGCCACUUCGUAUGCCAAAAGUUCGCAGAAGUCGUAAACCUCCCCCGGAUGGGUGGGAACUUAUAGAACCUACGCUAGAAGAAUUGGAACAGAAAAUGAGAGAAGCUGAAACUGAAUCUCACGAAGGAAAACGUAAAGUUGAAGCACUGUGGCCAAUUUUCAAAAUUCAUAACCAGAAAUCAAGAUAUAUUUAUGAUUUGUUUCAUAGACGUAAAGCUAUUUCUAGAGAAUUGUACGAUUUCUGCCUGCAAGAAAAAAUUGCGGAUCAAAAUUUAAUUGCAAAAUGGAAAAAACAAGGUUAUGAAAACUUAUGUUGUCUUCGUUGUAUUCAAACAAGGGAUACAAAUUUUGGUACUAGCUGUAUAUGCAGAGUCCCAAAAUCUAAAUUAGAAGAAGGUCGAAUUGUGGAAUGUGUGCAUUGUGGAUGUAGAGGUUGUUCUGGCUAAAUAAACUCUGAAUACUGGUUAAAUAUCAUUGUAUUACUUUUAUUCUUAAUAUGUGUAAAACAAAUUUAUUUCUUUAUUGUGUGCGGUAUAAGACUGAAAUUAAAACAGCAUACUAACUAAAACUUAAUAAGUUAGUAAUAUUUAAUGUCCAUAAUGAUAAUGUAAAGUAUUAAAUGCAUUCAUUUUCAUUAACAAAUAUUAUUUACUUUUUACUAUUAUUUCAAUAAAAAGUGCAUUUUGACAUAU